UGCGUAUCCGACCAGCCGCCGGAGCCGGACGUCAUGGACGCGGGCUCCUCGGCCCCCUCGACGCCGUCCGACUGCUCCUCGAUGGAGAAGACACCCUCGCCGCGCGGACCGCUGCCGGCCUCGGCGGCGCGGCAGAUGCCGACACCACCGCCGCCCUUCCCGGCGGCGCCGCGCGUGGAGGUGCGCCGGGUGUGGGCGCAUAACUUCGACGCGGAGGCCAGGCUGAUCGGGUCGCUCCUGCCCAGGUUCCGGUAUGCAGCGGUGGACACGGAGUUCCCGGGGACGGUGUACCGCCCGGCGGGGGCGGCGUACACGCUCACGCCGGAGAGGCGGUACGACCUGCUGCGGCAGAACGUGGACGCGCUGAACCUGAUCCAGCUCGGCCUCACGCUGUUCGACGCCGGCGGCCGGCUCCCGAGCCUCGGCGGAGGCGGCGGCGCCGCGCGGUACGUGUGGGAGUUCAACUUCCGCGAGUUCGACGUGCGGCGCCACCGCCACGCGCCGGAGUCCAUCGCGAUGCUGCGGGCCAAGGGCGUCGACUUCGACCGCACGCACCAGCACGGCGUCGGCGCGGCGGAGUUCGGCCCGCGGCUGCGCAAGUGGCUGCGCGCUGGCCUCGGCCGCGCCGGCGUCGUCACGUUCAGCGGCGGCUACGACCUCGCGUACCUGGUGAAGGUGAUGUUCGGGCCGGGGUACAAGAUGCCCAUGUCGGCGGCGCAGUUCGAGGGCGUCGCCAAGGCGGCGCUGGUCCGGCGGCGGCUGUUCGACGUCAAGGAGAUGGCGCGGCUCUGCCCGCGGGACCUCCGCGGCGGGCUGGAGAGCGUCGCCGUGAAGCUCAACCUGGGGCGGGCCGUCGGCGAGGCGCACCAGGCCGGCUCUGACAGCCUGCUGACCUGCCACACCUUCAUGAAGAUGCGAGAAAGCUACUUCGACGACGACGACAAGCUGGCAAGGGUCGCCGGUUUCCUCACCGAUAUCACGGCGUGCUAA